UCACUCGUCUCCGCAUUGUGUCAACCACGGCCCCAUUGUUGCUAAUCAGGGUGUGUAAAUAUUGUCCACGGAUUAUUAUCGUUAUUAUUUAUUUUCAUCGCCGUUGCGACAACACGCGGUGGAAAUCCUUUUCGGGCAAAGGAAACGACGUUCGUUUCAGGUAAUCGUCCGUGUGGUCCUCUGGGAGUUUACCCGGUUCCCGUUAGCGUGAGCGAAUACACAGGGAAACGGUUUUCGUCAUGACAAAGUCACAGUCCAAAGAAGACCUCAUCGGCUCCAAAGAGCAGCUGCGCGGCGACAGGAAAUCUUUCGUUUUACCGCCGGAAUAUGUGCUGUCGCCCACCGAGAAAAAGUUCCUGUUGCUCGCCGAGCGAGGAGACUGCGCGUCCGUUCAGAGGUUGCUGGACGAGCACAAAGGUCAGACCGAUAUACUCAACAUCGACUGCACGGAUCCGUUAAACAGAUCGGCGUUAAUAACGGCCAUAGAGAAUGAAAACAUGGACCUGAUACAGUUAUUGCUUAAGGCUGGCAUCAAGGUGAAAGACUCGUUAUUGCACGCCAUCAAGGAAGAGUACGUGGAAGCGGUGGAACUGUUACUGGAAUGGGAGGAAAAGAUACACGUAGCCGGAGAGCCAUAUUCUUGGGAAGCGGUAGAACCAUCGGCGUCUACGUUUACGCCCGACAUAACGCCACUGACGCUAGCAGCCCACAUGAACAACUAUGAAAUAUUAAAGAUUCUUCUGGACAGAGGCGCUUCGCUGCCCAUGCCCCACGACGUCAGGUGUGGUUGUGAUGAGUGCAUCACGUCAAGUACACAAGAUUCAUUGCGUCACUCGCGUUCGAGAAUAAACGCUUACAAAGCGCUUUCUUCCCCAUCUCUCAUAGCUCUGUCGUCAAGAGAUCCACUGUUGACCGCUUUUGAACUGAGUUGGGAGCUUCGCAGGCUUAGCACCAUGGAGUCUGAAUUCAGAAACGAAUAUAACGAGAUGAGGAACACGGUCCAGACAUUUGCAACGUCUCUGUUGGAUCACGUUAGGACUUCGUACGAGCUGGAGAUAAUGUUAAAUCACAAUCCUAAAGGUGACCCGUGGGAACCAGGCGAGCGGCUAACUCUGGAACGUUUGAAAUUGGCCAUUAAAUACAAACAAAAAGCGUUCGUGGCCCAUCCAAAUGUUCAACAAUUAUUGGCCGCCAUCUGGUACGACGGUUUGCCGGGUUUCCGCCGGAAAAGUAUGGUCGGACAAAUGAUUGAAGUCGGCAAACUCGGCGCAAUGUUCGCCAUGUAUGGUUCGAUGUACAUGUUGAAUCCCGAAUCGAAAAUGGGCCAGCUGAUGAAGAAACCGUUUAUAAAAUUCGUCUGCCACUCGUCUUCGUACGCGUUCUUUUUGACGUUGCUAGCGCUCGCGUCUCAGAGAGCUGAGUUUCUGGCGCUCGAAUGGAUCGGAACCGAUUGGACGAAAUCUAUAUUAGAGGAAAUGACCAGGAAAGAGAGAGGAUCCAUACCAGGACCCAUAGAAUUCGGCAUCAUAUUAUACAUCAUAAGUUUGAUAUGGAGAGAAGCGCAUUCGCUGUACUCGAACGGGUUGGUGGAAUACGCGGCCGACUUGUGGAACAUAGUGGACUUCAUCACCAACGUGUUUUAUAUGGUGUGGAUAAGUUUGCGGUUUUCGUCCUGGUACAUAGUGCAGAGAGAAUACAGUCAAGGGUACGAUCCUUGGUUACCACGCGAAGACUGGGACAAAUUCGACCCUCACUUGGUGUCCGAGGGAGCGUUCGCAGCCGCUAUGAUAUUCAGUUUCUUAAAGCUCGUGCACAUAUUCAGCGUGAACCCUCACCUGGGACCGCUUCAGAUAUCGCUGGGUCGUAUGAUCAUCGACAUUAUAAAGUUCUUCUUCAUUUACACUCUGGUGCUGUGCGCUUUCGGCUGCGGUUUAAACCAAUUGCUGUGGUAUUACGCGGACUUGGAAUCGAAAAAAUGUUACCACGACAACAACGACUUACCCGAUUUCGGGAAUGAGGAGAAAGCCUGUUCGACGUGGAGGCGAUUCGCCAACAUAUUUGAAACAUCGCAGUCGCUGUUUUGGGCCGGUUUUGGUCUGGUGGAUUUAACGGCAUUCGAUCUCACAGGAAUUAAAAGCUUUACGAGGUUUUGGGGUCUACUGCUGUUCGGAUCGUACUCGGUGAUCAACAUUAUCGUUUUGCUAAACAUGCUCAUCGCUAUGAUGUCGAAUUCAUAUCAGAUAAUCUCGGAACGGUCCGACAUGGAAUGGAAGUUUGCACGCAGUUCGUUGUGGAUCUCGUAUUUCGAGGACGGGGACACUGUGCCGCUUCCGUUCAAUCUGUUCCCAUCGCUGAAAAACGUCAAACGCAUGAUAGGUCUCGAGCGGACCAAACGGACGUCCGGAUCGAUGAUUUUCAAGUGCAGGGAAAAAGCGCUAGCCCGGCACGACAUUGUUAUGCGGCUGUUGGUGAGACGUUACGUGACCGCGGAACAACGCAAGACCGAAGAAUUCGGCAUAACAGAGGAUGACGUGAUGGAAAUACGACAAGACAUAUCGUCAAUGAGAUUCGAGAUGGUUGACAUAUUCAGACAGAAUGGAUACAAGACGCCCAAAAAGGAACACGAUUCGAAUGUCGCUCAAGGCAAGAAAGGUCGGGUAAUGGAACGCAGACUGCUGAAAGAUUUCCAAAUCGGUCUGGUAGAGGGGCUGAUACAGGACGCGAUUUCGUCAAACGAUAAGGGUCCGAAGGACGUGUUCAGCAAGAUCGCUAAGGCGAUUGGGCGACGAACCAGCCAAGGCAGCAAGAAAAAGGACUGGAACGCUAUGGUGCGGCAGAAGAGCGUAAUCAGGGACCCGAUCGGCAGCACGGCCGAAGGCGCGGAACGACGGCACCGGCAGAGCGUUCGCCGAUACAUCCUAGACCACCAGAAGGACAGCCUGAUGUCGAUGGACGCGAAUAAGCUGGUCGAGUAUAACCCGCUGCUGGCGGAGAUCGCGCCAGCAGCCCGGGUGGCAUACGCAAAGUUUAAGAUACCGAAGAUUAAGCAAGAGUACGAGGAGAACACGAUAGGCGCGGACGAAGUGUUCGAAAACGCGCCCUCCGUGAACGUGGUGGACGAGACCAAGACGAAGGGAUCGAUUGCGCGGCCGAGGCCGAAGAGCACGCGGAAAGCGCCGGUGGCGGGGGCGCUGCCUUAUCCGUCAACGGCGGGCCCGGUGAACAAGGGAGAAGACACGGGAAAACCAGCGAGUGCGACGCCGCAGCCGCAGGUGGAGAUCGGAGACGUUGCAAAGCCGCUGGCGAAAGAGUUGGAACAACACAAGUCCGCGGAGACAUCGAAGGAUGUGGAAGUGCCGCGACCAUCCACGUCUGGUUCCGGUGCUAUCGGAUCCGGAAGGGAUGGAGGGUCCGCGAAGGAAGUAAGUAAAGUGGACCGGGAAAAAGAUGCGGAUAAAGCGAAGCACGUCAGUGGCGAAGCGAAGGACGAUGACGACGAAAAGGGUGCAGGUGGUGGAGCGAAAGAUGCGGACAAAGAAAAGGACACAGACGAGUCAAAAGACGUGGAUAAUGCUAAGGAUGCUGAGAAGUCGAAAGAUGCGGGUAAAUCAAAAGCCUCGGGCAAAGACAAAGACGAUAAACAUUUGAAACCAGAAUCACCGAAACGAUCGGCUAGCCCGAAAAAACCCGGUGGAAAAUCGAAAGUCACUGGAGAAAUACUGACCGGUUGGUUAUAAAAUCGGCCGCAAUCGCCUGUUCUUCUUAUGGAAUUAAAAAGAUAAAUAUAAAAUAUGGCAUGGUUAGUGGUGGUUUAUAGGGUAUACUAUAAAUAUCACGAAUCACCGGAGUGUUUACCGCAUAGAAUGUCCACGCAGCAUAUGACCUUAUCGAAAUUAACGUUAAGUUCUUCAGUCUGUUGAAAUAAAACCUAAAUUCGGACUACCGACUGCUUUUUCAGUUGAUUGAUCGAUUUACGUGUAGUUUCUAUCGAAAAUAUCAAUUAUUUCUUAACUACGAUUCCAUUCCGUUACAAAAAUCUGCAGUCCGUUUUCAAUCACUAUUUUUGCAAGUCGUGAUCAAAGUUGUUAUAGUUCAAUUUUUAUUUCAGACCGUUUUUUUAUUGGGGGGGGGGGGGUUGCUAUAUGCGGUAUGCCUUGGGAGUAAAAAAUUAAUAAAUAAAAAAAAAAUUUUCGGAGGGGUAUACAUUUUUUUUCUGGGGGGAGGAAGGUUAAUAACUCCUGAAAUAAACACGGUCUGAGACCAGAGUUGAAUGUUUUUCAGAUUCAACAACUGAUCAUCGCUUCCAUGUACCAUAAAACUGUUUAAGUUUCAUCAACGAUUAAUUUAACGUUAUACAAGUAACGUCCGUCCAGUAGGAAAUGGAUUUAUCAUACCAAUACAUUGCUCUUAUAACUGAACUCAUGUAAUACAAUAUCAUGGGAUGGACGCUAAUCUAAAAACCGAAUAAUAUUGAUGCGAGAGUUUGUACGAGCAAUUAUAAUAUUAAAAUACAUAAUUAGACUUUAUGGCGGUAGGCAUUUCGGAUGAUUAGAUAAUAUUUAUAUAUUAACUUAUGAUUACUAAAUAAUUUUGUACACACAGGGUAUUUCUUGAAAAUUCAUUAAUUUCAUUUGGCCGGGACAUCAUCAGUAGCCAAACCGUUUGAAAUUAGUAAAUGUUCACGAGACACUCGAUGAUUAUAAUAUUAA